GAGAGAGGGAGGCAGGAGACGAGCGGCAAGACGCGCGGGACUCACUCUCGCCUCCUGAGACGCGCGACGGGGCUGGGGACUGCUCCAGAGAGGAGGCGGGUGCCGGGUACAUCGAACGAGACACACAGAGACACACACACACAGACGCACACACACACAGAGACACACACAGAGACACACACACACAGACGCACACACACACAGAGACACACACAGACACACACACAGAGACACACACGGAGACACACACGGAGAGACACACACACAGAGACACACACACACACGGAGAGACACACACACACGGAGAGACACACACACACACACACGGAGAGACGGACGACCCUUUAAUAAGCCGAGAGUUCCGUGCAGAGCCACCCCCACGUAACGGGAGAACGCCGGCUUAUCGUCAUCAUCCUCCUUCGCCAGUGGGGCGAGAUUUUUGUUUUGUUUUUCACGAAAUCUCCGAGACUCUGAUGAACUCCUCCACGACGCGCAGCCAGUGAGAUAAGAUCCAGCGGACAGACGCAGUUGGACACGGACAGAUCCGGCGGACAGAGGGAGUUGGACACGGACAGAGGGAGUUGGACACGGGACAGAUCCGGCGGACAGAGGGAGUUGGACACGGACAGAUCGAGCGGACAGAGGGAGUUGGACACGGGAGAGAGAGAGAGAUCCAUGUGGAGGAGGAUGGAGAGGUUCGCUGGGCUGGUGAUGGUGGCGGUGCUGAUGGCGGUGGUGAUGGCGAUGAUGGCCCCAUCAGCGUCCGCGUUCAACCUGGACGCGGAGAAGGCGCUGGUGAAGGAGGGCCCACAAGGCAGCCUCUUCGGGCUCUCGGUGGCCAUGCACCAGAAGGUGGAAGACAAGGGGAUCGCCAGCGUGUUCCUGGCGGGCGCCCCGAGGAGCAAGGCGGACGCGAAGCAGACGUCGCACAACACCGGCGCGCUCUUCUCCUGCCCCUUCACUGCCGACCCCUCCGACUGCGAGCGAGUCAACUUCGACAACAGUGAGUCCUUGGAGAGGGAGAGCAAGGAGGACGAGUGGAUGGGCGUCUCUGUGGCGAGCCAACGAGCCGGCGGAUUGGUCAUCACGUGCGCCCACCGCUACGAGAACCGGGUCUACGUGGGACAGCCGGAGCAGGAGCAGCGUCACUUGGUGGGCCGCUGUUUCAUACUCACCGACCUGCUGGUGCCGGUCGACGAUUUUUUCGAGUCCACCUUUUGCAAGAACCGCGACAUCCGUCCCGACGGCUUCGGCAUGUGCCAGCAGGGCACGGCGGCCGGGUUCGUGCCGGACAGCGACUACAUCUACUACGGCGCGCCCGGCACUUACAACUGGAAAGGAAUUGUUAGAGUGGAACAGUGGAACAAGACCCUGGCAAAGGAUGCGAUUUACCUGGACCCGCAGGAGACUGGCGAUGAAAAGAAAAUGAAUCAAGAACUUAUCCCUCUGCCUUUCCACAGCUACAUGGGUUACUCGCUGGACGGGAGCCGCGGCGUGACGAGCCGCGUGAGCGUGUCCUUCCUGGCGGGCGCCCCGCGCGCCAACCACACGGGCGCCGCGCUGCUGCUCAAGCCCAGCGGGCAGGCGGUGCUCAUCCCCGAGCUGCUCAUCACGGGACACCAGCUCGGCUCCAGCUUCGGCUACGACGUGGCGCUCGCCGACCUCAACGGCGACCGCUGGAUGGAGGUGCUGGUGAGCGCGCCCAACUACUUCAGCCGGCGUGACGAGGCGGGCGGCGCCGUCUACGUUUACCGCAACCGGCAGGGCCACGUGGUGCUGGACAAGCCGACGGUGCUCACGGGGCCCCCGUACUCCGCCUUCGGCACCGCCGUGGCACGAGCCGGCGACCUCAACCAGGACGGGUUCCAGGACAUCGCCAUCGGGGCUCCGUUUGCCGGCAGCGGCAAAGUCUACAUCUACCACGGCGGCAAGGGCGGCAUCGCCACCCAGCCCGCUCAGGUGAUCUCGGGCGAAGAGCUGAAGCCGCCGAUCACCCAGUUCGGCUUCUCGCUGUCCGGCGACAUGGACGUCGACGACAACACCUACCCGGACCUCCUCGUCGGCUCCAUGUCCGACAAGAUCGCCGUGCUGCGGAGCCGUCCCAUCGUGCGAGUGACUCACAACAUCACCGUGUCUCCCGAGCUGCUGGACGCCAGCGAGAAGAACUGCGGUUCCUACACAUGCAUCAAAGUGAGCCUCUGCUUCACGUACGUGGCCAAGCCUGCAUCCUACAGCCCACGUCUCGUGCUGAACUUCACGGUGGAGGCGGAGGUGGAGCGGCGCCGGCUGGGCAUGGCUCCGCGCGUCUCCUUCGUGCGGGGAGCGCGCGAGGCCGAGGUGCAGCGCGGCACGGUGGUCCUCAACGGGCAGAGCUCGCCCAAGUGCAGCGGCGACGUCGUGCUGCAGAUCAACGACAACAUCCGGGACAAGCUGCGCCCCAUCAUCGUCGUGGCCCAGUACGGCAUCCAGGAGACUCGCGCCGCCCGGCGGGGCAACCGCCAGGAGCCGGGGGACGUCGCCACGCUGGACAGCCGCCCCGUGCUCGACCCCACGCAGCUCACGCGCGAGAAGCUUGAGGUGAACUUCUUGAAGGAGGGGUGCGGUAGCGACGGCAAGUGCCACAGCAACCUGCAGCUGAGGCCGUACUUCUGCUCCGAGGUGAAGGAGGGCGACUGCACCCUGCUGCCCACCGACGAGACGGGAGCCCAAGUGCUGUCCCUGCGCUCCCAGAAGGACGUCACGCUGGGCAUGGACAUCAGCAACGAGCCGUCGAACCCCGCGCGGCCCGACCUGGACGGGCACGACGCCCACGACGCCCACCUCUCCAUCCUCAUCCCCAGCGCCAUCACCUACACCGGCUUCCGCAACGCCGACAGGGCGGUGUCGUGCACUCCGCUCAACGACAGCGCCACGGAGUGCGAGCUGGGGAACCCAUUCAACAAGGGGCAGAAGACGAAGCUCUUCAUCUUGCUCGGCACGUUGCUCAUCACCACGGAAACCACGGAGUUCGCCGUGGAGCUGAGGCUGAGCACUGCCAGUGAGCAGCACACCCUACAGCCGAUCGUGGCGCGUCUCCUCGUGAGAGUAGAAAUCCAGCUCUCCCUCACAGGGCUGGUGAAACCGUCUCAGGUGACGUUCGGGGGACGCGUGCAGGGCGAGAGUGCGAUGAAUGCGGAGGAGGACGUGGGCAGCCUCGUGGAGUACACCUUCGCCGUGAGUAACCUUGGCAAGCCGCUGCUGGCGAACAACGAGGAUGGCACGGUGCUGGUGAACGUCUCGGUGCCCACCACCACCGCGUCGGGGAAGUGGCUGCUCUACCUGGUGAGCGUCCACACGGCGUUGGGCGCACAGCCACACGUGACCUGCCAGCCCGCCGGGGUCACCAUCAACGAGCUGAACCUCGAGCAGAGCUCGCUGGGUGGAGCGAGGAGGAGGAGGAGGGGGGCGGAGGAGCCUGAGGGGGGCGGGGCCAGGAAGACGGCGCUCGUGAUUGGCGGAGGGAAAAAACCCUCGGCGACUUUCGACUGCGCGUCGUCGCGCUGCGUGAAUCUGCUCUGUCCGCUCGACGGGCUCACGGGCGCCGGCACGGUGAUGCUGCGCACACGCGUCUGGAACAGCACCUUCCUGGAGGAUUACAUCAAAUACGAAAACAUGGAGUUGUACGUCACGGCCAACAUCAUCUUCAGAGCCAAGAACCCAAACGUGAAGAUGCCGAACGUGACCCCAAUCAGGGUGCGUCUCACGCUGGACCCCGACGGCACGGUGACCCCGUCGGCGCCUAUCCCCUGGUGGGUUAUCGCUCUGUCGGUCGCCGCCGGUGUCUUCGUGCUUCUGCUGCUUGUCGUGCUGCUGUGGAAGUGUGGAUUCUUCAAGCGGACGAGCAAGGAGAUGCGCUAUGAGGCCAAGCUGCACAAGGCGAAGAUCGGCGCGCAGCCCUCGGAGACCAACAGGCUCACGGCGGAGGAGGACAUUUAGCCCCCCCACCCUGGCCCCCCUCACUCCCUCCCCCCCAACAUCUCGUGCGGCUUCUUCAAGCGCCCGUCCCCCUACGCGCACGUCCCCAAGUACCAGGCGGUGCGCAUCCGCAAGGAGGAGCGCCAGCGAGGAGUCUCCCGGCCCGACAGGCCGGCGCCGCGGCGGGGCCCGCGGGCGCGCCACUGGGUCACCACGUGGAGCGACCGCUACGCCAGCUGCUAGCGCCGGCGCCGCCCUGCCCCGCCUCGCUCGGCCACCCUUCCCAGUCCGUCAUCCUCAGCACCCGGCGCCACCCCUGCCCCCCCGUCCUCCCCACUCUCUGCGUCGUCUUUUUUUUUCCCCCCCAUCAACGUCGCCCCGAAGAUCUGUGAGACGGCUUCUGAUUGGACCAUGUGAUUAUUAUUUUUUCUUCUUCCCUGAAGAAGCUGGGUCCUGGCCAGCGGUUAGACGCCUUGACCUUCUAACUGAGUUGUUUCUCCGCGCUGCUUCUCUUCAAAUCGUCUCCCGAGAACCAUCUUAAACCCGUCCCAUGAAGUUUCCUUCGCAGGUUUCCUCCCCCAACGUUCCGUCGACCUGUCGACCUCUUCGCACUCCUCGCGGGAAGCCUCUCAUCCCAAGAAUUUCUCCCCCCCGGGAACGCUGUUUCCGACUCCUCACCUCGAAGCCUCCAAGUGAUCUUCUUCCAAGCCAAGCCACUUGUAGCCUCGACGAAAUCCUCAAGCCCUCACGGAGCUGCCGGUUUGGAUCAACGCCGAUCGACUCCGUUGUGUCCAGCGUUAAUCCCCGAUGACCGACGGAAGAGGCUUUUGAUUUAACCCACGUUCGACCGUCAUGAGCCGAGUCAGUCCUUCGCCGGGAUUUGAACCCGUGCCCAUCCGGUUGCCGAGUCAGGACCCUCCGACUACCAAAUUUAAACCCGCGGGGUAAAUUCCAUGCCGGCUGACGUCACCCGCGGCGCACUGAUUGUGGUGCUUGCCGCGCAGUUUCCUUCGUCCGAGUAAAACCCCCGCUAUGUGACCCGCAUUUACCUCCAGUGGCCAUGGUUGGUGAUGUAUGGUGUAAAAGAAGUUCAACACGCACACACGCGUACGCACGUUUAAUUUACCACAGUGAGUGGCAGACUAAUACCCGCUGGUGACUCAUGGGUUACCAACUCUCCCAGAUUGUCCGGUGGAGUCUCUUACCAGAUUAUCAGUAAUUAUCUGUAUUGAUCUCCUCCCCCCCACCCCCCACCCCCCCGAUGACGAUUGAAAUCAAUGCGGGAUAUUUUAAGAAUAACACUGGUCAACACGCUUUUUCUGGCAUAAGGUAUUACAACGGUUUUAAUGUAAUUUUGGGGUGAUGAUUCCAAAUCUGGCAUCAGUUUUUGUCUAUCACAUCAAGUUUUUGAGAUAUCAAAUAUUGCAUUUUCAAUAAAAACUGCAGAAGAAAAAUAUUAAAUAAAUGUGGAUAUCUACAUAAAAUGAUAUUAUAAACACACUAUCCUAAAAAUACAGCACCAUAUUUUAACACUAAAGCAGUCACUGACUCGCAACAACUUGCAAUCAUAAGUGACAGAGUUCAUUUCGGGUCAAAUCAAUGAAAAUGGGGUAUGCCGAUUGCAUAAAAUGAGAUGUGAUAUAGCAAAUCUGAGAUCAAAUUUGGAAUCAGCACCCUGAAAUUAGUGUAAUAAGAGAUUUUUUUAAAAAGAAAAUAAAUUAAUUGUAGAAAAAUGAGACCUCCAGCGAUGGCUUCGGUCAGAGUUGGCAACCCAAUUGCUUUUGCAAAUGAGACUCCUGUCCCGGUCUCUGGUUCAACAGGAUACACUUUAACAGCAACAAACUAAGCGUACAAACGAGGAACAAAUGUGGUAACGGACAACGUCUCGUUUAAGAAACAUCAGAUGUAAACACGCGACAAUGCCUUCGUCCGUGGCUGCGAAACGUUGAACUAUCGCAACCCAAACGUUAGUCUGGACUCACGUUUGAUCGACCCGCCUUCAGAAACCCUCAAACCCACCACAGCCCCAGUAUAUUUAAAAAUACAAAUAUACAAAUGACCUAUUUGCGUAAUUGUCACAUCGCGUGUGUAUCUGCCACUCGGGGCUGCGGUGGCUUGAGGGGCCAUCACCGCAAGCUUGCGACUCACCGCGCGUUCCUUUCCCGCACACGGCGAGACGAGAGGAAGUCCAACGUCUCCCCGACCGUUGGAUCCAUCGACGUUUCAUCUCGCGACGCCUGCUCUGCACGCGUGAAACGUUCACGCAGAUCGGCGGGUAGGGCACCGGUCCCCGUCCCGUUGUUGUGUGGGAGCGGGUUAACACGCGACCACUGCAGCAGAGUCAGAAUAUUUAUUUAUAGCUGGAGGAGGAAUCCGAUGAGCUAUGAAGCUCUUCUUCACAGAUGUCCAGUCGGGGCACGGGGGUCAGAAAGUCACACGAAAAAUAUACAAAAUAAAACUAAAUUAUUUUUAUUUUAACUGAUAUAGCCCACUGAGCUAUGAGCUUAUUUUUCAGAAGCGAUCUGUCCAUCACGAAUGAUAGCUCAAACAAGAAGUGACUUUUACACCAUUGGAACCUCCUUUGCCAGUAGCAAAAUAUGAUCUUUGGUGUUUUACCCUUUUAUCUGGCAACACAACUGACACCUUUUUUUGACAAGGAGUCAUGUUUGCAUUGACCACAACACCUGCGGUCGGAAUGCAAACAAAAAACACAACUCUGAUAAUGCAUGCACUGUGCUUGAAAUUGAUUGGUCCACACCCGAGACAGCUUUUCUUAGAGCCUAGUCUCACAUGGUGUUGGACCAGAAGUGGCUUCUCGUGUGGAAAGAAUCGAUUCCUGAUUUGAAUCGUGACCACGGUUUUUUGCGGCAACGCAUCGAAUCGUUACAGCGGGGGGGAGGGGGGGUGACGUAAAACACGCCGGUUUACGUCGGGGAUGCGUUCCUAAAAGGUCCCGACGACGGAUAUCGAAACGGCGUCAAUCAAAGCGACGUCAAUCAAGGCGAUUUACAGGGUAAGUAGGUGGUGGCGACGGCUGAGAGGCGACGGAUAACGAGAGGGGACGGGACGAUGAUGCUGUCCGUGACGCUAAUCAGGUAGCGGUUUUAACAAUGAAGUGACGACCUAUUUGAGAAACGACGUUAUGUGGGAUUAUCGAUCCUCGGUCACUAAUUUGCGACAAGCUGUGGCCUGUAAUCCGAUUGCGGUUGUCCGUGCCUCAGUUGACUUGAUAUUUUUCCGCCGAUUUCAUUAAUUUUAGAAGUCUAAUUGCUCCGAGGUGAGCCAUUUAAAGAUGUCAAAUGGCCAUAUACAUAUAUAUACACGUGCUGGCUAACCCCUGACCCUGUUUGCCCAGCUGUUGCGUCUUAUCAGGACGUGCCAACGCCACUAUCGAUGGGCCAAUCGAUCUACGACGCAAAACGCCAACAUGUAAACUUUGCCCGAAGCGUCGUAAUGGCACGGGCUUCACCUGUUCAACCCUCCUCGCCACAUUUUUCGUGACUCGAGGGCACGAGGUCAUCGCCCCAAUUGUGUGUUGUCAAACCCUCCUCCACCCAACCAGCGCCAGUGAAUAAAAAGCGUCACCUAAAUGAAAUGUGCCAAAUUUACAUGACCCGUGGUUUUGUUUGUUGUUGUUGUUGCCGAGUAAUCUCACAACAAUGAAAUCGUUACGGCGUAUUCGAUGGACAUUGCUUCCAUCAUCGACAGGUUUGUUAACACGAGCUCGGAUCUCGAGACACGUGUUCACACGACCUGACAGCAAAAUUACGAAUACUAUUGGCCGUGAAAUAGCUACGUAGAAAAUUCACCAUCUCAGGUGGCAAACCCUUUUAAUUUUUUUUAUUUUCCUGGCUAAUGAAGAGUGAAUUAUCUGACACAAACCCCAUUCAUUUCAGACGGUUAUCGCUUCAUUAACCCGUUAUUGGCAACAUCAAGGCAUUGAAAACCAAUAAGCUGACACGGUCUCGGCCGCUACGGACGACUCGUGGACUCUGUGGUACGUCCGACGCAUUUGGACAAUUCAUGCCCAAAGUCGAGAAGGCACCGGUCGCAAAAAAAUAAAAGUGUGUUUAUUGAAGGCCCCAUUAAUUUUCGAUUUAAAGCUUUCGUGACUGCAGGGAUUCAUCUUCUUGGUUCUUUCGGUAAAGUCACGUAGACGGGAAGUAAUAAAAUAAUAAAAAUAAAACAAUAUUAUAAUAAUAUUAUAAUAAUAAAAAUAAAACAAUAAAAUAAUAUAUUACUUUAUUAUGUUUUAUUUUUAUUAUUUUAUUACUUCCCUUCUACGUGACUACCGAAAGAACCAAGAAGAUGGGCCCCAUUAAUGUUGCGCUUGAGGUGGACGGCUCACGCAUGUACGUGUGUCGAACUUCUUUCGCACCGUACGUAGCCAACCGUGCCAGUCGGAGGCGCGGGGGAAGGACAACAAACUAAACAAACUACGCUGCAGAGACACGUGGCCACGUGGGUGGGACUCAGCAGUGGUCUCCCGUCCGCCACGUGUUUGCGUGAAGUAUCGGGGGGGGUGGUGGGGGGUAACACUGUUCCACGUUUGUCGCUGCGUCUGUGUGCGGUAGGGUGGAUGAGGAUCCACUAUGGGAACCCUUCUAUCUGGCAACAAAACUGACACCUUUUUUUGUGGCCAGAUAGAAGGGUAAAAAACCAAUUAUCAUAUUUUUACUGGCAAAUGAGGUUCCCAUAGUGUAGAUGCUUGCCCCGAGCUCUCAUACUCUGAUGGUGCAUUGUCUUUGAGUUGUGCGCCUUUUGGCGUCAUCUGGUCCAACCCAUGUGAGACUAGGCUCUAAGGAAAGCUGUCUCGGGUGUGGACCAAUCAACUUCAAGGACAGUGCACAUUAUCAGAGUUAUGUCUUUUGGAUGAGGAUCCAUUUGUGUGUUAAGAGACACGGUGUUUGAUGCUCGACCCGUGUGUUCUAAGGUGCCUGCGAAAUGCGUGUAAUUUAACGUUCUUUUAGAGUCGCAGAUACUGCGUAACAUCACAAUAGAAAUAUGUCAUAGGUGGGUUUUUCUCUCACGGGGAAAAACACAGGUGGACCAUUUGAAAUCCUGUAGAAGCCGUGGCGAUGUCCAUUUUCGGGUGACCGUAUUCUCUAGAAUAUUAGACGCACUUUAUCACCCCGCCCUUCUGCCCUCUUUAAAAAAUGUAACAAAAUUUAGGGUGGGGGAGAAUGGGGGGGUGCGUCUUGUAAUCCGCUAGUUGUGUUUGGUUAUCCGUCUGACUUUCUGGAGUGUGUCUUAUAAUCCGGAGAAAACGGAAAGUCUAUUUUCUAAACAUAUCCACACGAUCGAUGUUAAACGUUUCUCCAAACCCAAUUAUGGAUUUAACAAUGUUGAGAUUGGUUUGUUUUUUUAUAUGUAAAGAAUGACAUCGAUGGGACCCUUACUUUAUUUGCCCGAGAGGGUGAAGCCUAUUACUUUUUUUCAUCAUAAAAGAUUUACAUUUAUUUCUUAAAAAAAAAAUGCAUUCGCAUUCAUGAGAUUUUAAUUCAGUAACAAAAAAACGGUUAUCCAUUAAAACAUUUUUUUUUACUUUUCUAAGGAAGAGGCUACGGUGUGGAAUGUAAUUGUUUUUAUUUGUUAGUUUCGGCCUAACCAGCGAAUUGUCGCGGGUUGCUCGUCCUAGUUUUAUUUCUACCGGGGCGACGGCGACGACGAUUUAGGAUGUUGUAGAGAGAUAUAUUUAAAGCUGUCGUCUCCGGCAGAGUCGUCAUCAAACUCACCUGCCCCCUUGUCGCAGACCCUCCGAGCCCACAUUUGAACGCGUUCGCAAAUCGACAACUCGGAUGCCUCGUGCGUCGCUCAAAUUCGCGCGCGUGGUUGCUGGUGUCACGGCAGAGACGCCGGCUGCUUGCAAAAUUCCAUGCAAUGUUCGAAUUAGCACGUGCAUUUUAGAUUCGUCAUUUACAAAAACCGAUGUCAGUCGCCGAUGAAGCCCAUUGGACAAACCGUAAGGCAGCCGCCGCUACCAACAAUUGCCCCAAGUUCUGCAGUCCUCUAUAUAUUCAGAUGAAGUUCAAUUUCAACCACCGUUUGUUGAACGACGGAGAUCGCAGCAGUCGGUGUGUGUAUUUAAAUUACAUUUCCCCCCCAGUCGUCUGUAAUUUCAAAAUACUUCGUCCAUCUCUGUUAGCAAUGUGGACAGUCGGAUUUGAGUCUGUGGGCAUUGUGUGUUGUGCAAUACUACAGAAGACAUCGUCACUGACCACAAAGUAAUACUUUUUUUUAUUAAAAUAUGAAAUGGUUACGAUUUAAAGCAACAAAAAUAAUAACGAAACAUGAUACUGUAUAUGUAAUUGUGAGAAAUGUGUGGGUUUCUUUUUUGCUAAAGCAUUGUAUAUAGCGUGCAGGGUUAUUAAUGUUGUUUUAGCUUGGUCUUAUGCCACAUCGGAAUCCGCAAGGAUAAAUCCACCUUGAGUGGUUGCUGUAUCUGGUGUGUUUAAUACUCCGAAAGAAUAGACGCUCGGAGCAAUGUGCUGCAAUUAUUCCGGGUUGUGCCAUUUUUUUAUGAUACUAUAUAAUAUAAUGAUACCGUGUAUGCUGUUAUCACGCUAUGCCACCAUGGCAGGCUCGGCUAAAGUGGACAGGGACACCCAGAGGUCGAGGGGGCAUUAGGGGACAUAUUCUUAGGUUUUUUCGGUAAAGUCACGUAGGUAAAAAAUUGUAAUUAAUAAAAGUACAGCUAUUGUGCUGUGACGGUUCCACCUGAAGACGGAAGCUUGUAUUGCCUCCGAAACGUCGUGAUUUUUAUUUAAUUUUUUAUUUUACUUUUAUUAAUUUUAAUUUUUUACCUACGUGACUUUACCGAAAAAACCUAAGACUAUGAAUCCUUGCAGUCACGAAAGCUUCAAAUCUAGAAGGAAUAGGGGACAGUCUAUUUCCCGCGUCUCACACAAAACGAAGACCUUUCAAUGGACCAGCUUUAUUGUCGCUAAGGAUAAUAGGGCCUCCACGUGGCAUUCUAUUAACUAAAUGAAACUUUUUUUUUCAUUAAAAACUCAAUUAUUUUUAUUUUACCAGGUAAGGCCCCGCUGCGCCAUAUAGUUCUUUUUCAGAAGCGAACUGGCUAUCACAAAUUAUAGCUCAAAGAAGUGGCUUAUCACUUGGAAAUUUAUAGCAGCCAAAUACUCUAAACGCGUGAUGUUGACUCUAAAUGUGGAGGGCAAAAUCGGAGGUCCCGGAGAAAAAUCCACGCGACCACGGGAAGAGAGAGAGAGCCGUUCAAACUCAAGGAAAUAUAUAUACAGCAGGCGUCAGGGUCGGAAUCAAACCCAGGGCCUGCUGUAUACCAGGCGAGGUAGCUAACAUCUCGUCCCCGUGACGCACACGGUGGCGAGAUUCUGCCGGUCGUGUGCCUCCAGAAACCUCUGGGCGACCCUGUCAGUGGGUGAAUGGAAAAUGUAUCAGGCCUCGAAAGCAAACCGAUGGUAACAAUCCUGACGGUUGUUGUCAUCGUGUUCUGUCCACCAGACGAACUCAUGAUCAGUGCUUAGAUUCAGCCGGAACAUUCUGGAAUCGCUAACGCGGGGGGAAUGAUUUUGUGGCAUACCGCAGCCAUCUCGCCUAAUUUUGUCCUCAUAGGAUUAUAGGAAAAGAGGGCACGAUAGCAUAGGGUUAUUGUGGGCUGUGGAUAGGCGUGCCUUGUACUACUACUACGAGUGGUUGUUGCGUCUUACGCCGGUCAUCCUUACUUUCGAGGCAACCUCGCAGCGCCUUUGGAGGAUGCCGAGCAAGGCGUUAGGGCCCCGCUCGAGUUUAAGUGUGGCCUGUUGGGAGUGCGUCGUAGGGCGGCAUCGGUAAAUGUGGGGCGUGAGCUUUAAACGCUCUCCGGCGCUCGCGGAUUUAUACGGCAGCACCACCCGCGUUUGUUGCGACUUGGGCGGCCACUACUCCCCCAUCGCCCCCCCCCCCCAAAGGCCGAGUCUGAACCAUGCACUGAAUCAUAGACCAUAAUGCAUUGCAUUUUAUUGUUUUCAUAUUCAUUGGGAUGUGUGAUGGGGAAUGAUUUGUAAUAAAUU